AUGUCAGGCCUACAACCUCAUGUGAUGAACCCUAUUGAGGAGUCCGACUCCGAGCUGUCUUCACUUUCCUCGGAUUCUGAGAUCAACAUCGACCAGGGAGUCAGAGCAUAUACUGCCAAGUCCUAUCGUCGGAAAAGUUCGGAUGGGAAAGGAAGCAGCUCGAGUGUGGAGCGACAACGUACGGAGUCAUCCCUGGGAAACAUAUCCGUAGACUCUGCUAAGGCCUCGAGUAUUAAGUCAUCCAAAAGCUCAGGAGGAGUGAGUCCUCUCGGAGAAUCACCUGUUUUGUUUGGGCCAGGUCGACAGUCCUCAUUCACUGAUCAGGCCUCGCCAAAAAGAUUGAGGAAAAGGACAUUAACCCAGGAGUCUACGAACUGGCUGCGAAGAAAGAGCACGGCCCUUGAUCCACUACAGAUAGGGGAAAAUGGAGCUGGUUUAGCCAAGACGUACUCGCGAGUCGAUGGAGACAAAUUGGUUUCCGAUAAGUUAUUUGGGCUGGAUCUGAUGGGAGGAAAGAAGAAUGACGAAGAGGCAGCCGGUGCGACAGCUGAUGCUCCUGGUGGUCCUCGUGAUUACGGUGAUCUGGAUUCUAUUCCAAGUGACGAUAUGGUGGAGAUGAAAAGCGAAAACGGAACUCUCUCAAGAAUCGCCACGUUAAGAAAAACUGCCACAGAGGCCUUCGAGCGCAAAAUAGGGUUUCUUAACCCGGAGUUCCAGAAAUUCAAGUUGAUAUUGAAAUUCGUCAGGGUGUAUCUCAUAAUCGGCCUUUUUGUCAUGGGUCUGUUUUCUCUAUACUGGGGGUCUCUAUAUGGAAGACAAACGCGAACACACAACAUGAAGGUCUUGUGUGUUUUGGAGGACGAAUCAAGCGCGAACUAUAUCUCUAAUUGCUUCAACUCGACCGUUCAUAACGCUACGUUGGCCCCAAAAGCUGGGUGGGAGUUGGUAAACGAAUCUCAGCUUAUGGAAAGACAUCCCUUCAACACCUCAGAGCGGUCUGUGUACGAGCAAUUGGAAGUAUUGGUCCAUAACCAGGACUAUUGGGGCGCCAUAUACAUCCACCAGAAUGCCUCGGUAAACUUCCGCAAUGCCAUUUUGACGGGAAACUCCAGCUUCAACCCUUCAGCCCUUAUAGACAUUUUGUUUGAAACUGGAAGGGACAUCUUGAUCAUGCAAUCUGUUCUGGUGACAAGCAUACGAUUGGUGGAAAAACAGUUCCUGGUGUUGGCCACAGAGCAGAUAUACAAACCGAUCAUAGCCGGAUUGAACGAAACCGCAUUGCUUUCCACGAUGAGAGACACAGCAUUGCUCACCACGCCAAUUGAGUUCACAUACAAUGAUUUGAGACCGAUGGGGCCUCCAGUGGUCCAGGCACCGCAACAGAUGGGAAUCGUGUAUCUGCAUAUUCUGUCCUUCUUCCAGUUCAACUUCUUUCUUCCGGUGCAUACUGAGGUGGCCAAGAAGGUGAAAAGUGGCAGUUUCUUGGUGUACAGAUUGCUGUCUUCGCAGCUGUCCUAUCUGGUACUUUCGCUCUUCUACUGCAUCGUGCAAUUGUGCUUCCAAAUCCCGCUCAACAGAUCGUAUGAACAUGGUUUCGCUGUGUUGUGGAUGGUGACGUAUCUCACCAUGGGAGCCAUCGGCGGAGCCAACGAGAAUAUGGCGCUUUUGUGUCUGUCCACACGGCCUCCGUAUCUCGGUGUUUGGAUGCUGUUCUGGGUGAUCUGGAACGUGGCGCCAACGUACUCGGCCAUGGCAUUGACUCCGCAUUUCUACCGAUACGGCUAUGCAUUCCCAAUGCACAACGGCUCGGAGCUGGUGAAGGUGGUGUUGUUCGAUACCACGCGAGAGCAGAUGGGCCGCAACAUCGGCAUUCUGGUGGCGUGGAUCAUCUUGAUGAACGCGCUCCUUCCCUUCACUGUCAAGUAUUUCCUCUACCGUCAAGACAAGAAGUGA